AUGGAGCAGAAGGUCCAAGAACUUGAGGCGGAGAAAGAGCGAGAGCGGGAGUCUUCCGAGAAUAUCCAGCGCUUCCACGCCGGCCAAGUGCGCGACCUUCGUGCAACAUUGGCCCAAGUUCAAGCGCGUCGCGCAACCGUCGCCCCUGAUAUGGCAACAAAUGUGAGGUCGUCAGUGGCUCAGAACCCUGAAGUUGCAACCCGACCCCAAGAAUCCAGUGGCGUAAUCAACGGAAACGCAAGUGUCACAGGCCAGAGACGGGAGACAGCUGAUCCGAAGAACACUUCCGAAGUCGCCGUCUCCCAGCUAAGAGCGACCCUCGCGCAGACUUCCGCCGACACUUCCGGCAGAAUCGCGCGCGUCAAGCGGGGACAUGGCGCUACGGAGACCAAGGUGACGCAGGAUGUCAAGCUCGAGCCUGUGUCUCUAGGGAAGACGUCGGAUCCCAGGAGAACAGCGACCUCUAAGGCCUCGCAGGACUCUAAAACAGACUCCAAGCGCUCUGCACCCAAGAAACACCAGCAGAAGAAGAAGAAGCGUCGGGAUGUCAAUCCACCCUCGGACUCAGACCCAAGCUCCGAUUCCAGCGAUGAUGACUCGUCGUCUGAGAGUUCGGAUGACAGUUCGGACGGGAUCCCUGUGGUAAACCUGACGACGGCCUCUACGGCUCAAGCUGGCACUACGCUCCUGACGUUCAGACCGUACAUCAACUCGAAUACUCUCGGUGACUUCGAUACUAAGGCGUCAUUCAGGGAACGCGUGCAUUGGUGGGAGCGUUUUGCGAACAUGGCGGCUCAGGGAGGUUGGUCUACGAAGAUGCAAAUUCAGGAACUCAAGUUGAAACUCUCGGGAGCUGCGCGUGACUGGUUCAACCAGUUGCCCAAACACACUCAGCGAGACUGGAAGGAGUUGGCGUCUGCAUUCAGGAAGAAGUACUACAAAGCGCGCUCGUCAUACUCUGAACGCUACUUCACGAUGGAGAUGAAGAACUCAGAGAGCGCCCUGGAUUUCUUCUAUCGUCUGAAUUCCGCCGCUGGGAAGGCUGGCAUUGACUUUCAUAAGACUUCGAAGCGUCUGGGGAAGCAUAUCCGGAGGUUCAUCACGAAACUCAGGGACACGCGCCUCAAGACGUCGCUGCAAGGUCAGAGAUUCGGAAGUAUCGCUGAUCUGGAUUAUGCUUUGGAGCAGGACGAAGAUGUCUGGAGUCGCAGUGACCAGGAUGCUCCGCCACCCAGAGUUCGUGACUUUCGUGCCGACAACAUUCCUCAGGGACGUUUCAAGCCGAAGCGACAAGGACGUGCGUACGUGACUAGGGGCGAUGUCUCUGACUCUGAGUCGGACGAAGACCCUGAAAUUCACGCGCGUUUCCAGGAAAUCACGGACGAACCCAGAGUUUCACCCCGAAGUGCGAGCGCGAAUUCAGGGUCAACUCGUGAGAUCUCUGGAGAAGAAACUUCUACGUCUAGCGCUGGGAGCCUGGCGAGUAUGAAGGGUGCCGAGUGGACUCAGACGCUGACGAACGAGGUCUAUCGCGUGAUGGAUAACAUGGGAUGGCGUCUACCGAACGCCCAACCAGGACCGAACGCGAACUCUGGAUUCCGUUCCCCUCGCCGCGAAAACCCGAAAUAG